AGAGGGAGAGAGAGAAAGAGGGAGGAGGGGAGAGGGAGGGGAGGGGAAGGCCCCACCAUGAUGUGCGAGGUGAUGCCGACCAUCAGCGAGGACUCGCUGACGCAGCGCGGCUCCCAGUUCGGCCCCGAGACCGAGGCCAACUUCGAGCAGCUGAUGGUCAAUAUGCUGGACGAGCGGGACAAGCUGCUGGAGACCCUGCGGGAGACCCAGGAGUCGCUGACCCUCAGCCAGGCCCGGCUGCUGGAGGCCGCGCACGACAGGGACUCCCUGCAGAGACAGCUCAACACCGCCUUACCCCAGGAGUUCGCAGCACUUACAAAAGAAUUAAAUGUAUGCAGAGAACAGCUGCUAGAAAGAGAGGAAGAAAUAUCUGAACUGAAAGCAGAAAGAAAUAAUACUCGGUUGCUGUUAGAACACCUCGAAUGCCUCGUCUCCAGACACGAGCGGUCACUCAGAAUGACCGUAGUGAAGAGGCAAGCUCAGUCACCAGCAGGUGUAUCUAGUGAAGUAGAAGUUCUUAAAGCACUCAAAUCAUUGUUUGAACACCACAAAGCUUUAGAUGAAAAGGUACGGGAGAGGCUACGAGUAGCAUUAGAAAGAGUUAGUGCAUUAGAAGAGGAAAUAGCAGUUCGAGAGAAAGAGAUUUCAUUCUUAAAAGAGCAAAAUUCACAUGCUCCUAAAAAAGGUGCAGCUAUGGAUGGAAUAGAAGAUGGUGGCCAUGGAUAUGAUAAUAUUCCAAGUACAAAUGGCAUGAGAUUAUCUAAUAGCUCUAUAAGUCACGAUGAAGAUUUGAUUAAAGUAAUAGAACUACAGGAAGUAGUGGAUAAACAAAACAAAGAACACGGGCAGCUGAAGGAUCGACUCGCUGCUCUUUCCAGUAGAGUCUCAGAACUUGAAGAGGAUCUGGAUACAGCCCGUAAAGACUUGAUCAAGUCUGAAGAAGUGAACACUAAACUCCAGAGGGACUUGCGUGAGGCUAUGGCUCAGAAAGAUGAUAUGGAGGAAAGAAUAACAACUCUUGAAAAACGCUACCUCAGUGCACAGCGUGAAGCUACAUCCGUACAUGAUCUCAACGAUAAACUUGAAAAUGAGCUUGCCAAUAAAGAUGCUAUGUACAGACAGAGUGAAGAAAAGAACCGUCAGUUGCAAGAACGCCUGGAACUAGCUGAACAGAAGCUGCAGCAAACUCUCAGGAAAGCAGAAACUCUGCCAGAGGUAGAAGCAGAAUUGGCACAAAGGGUAGCAGCGCUUAGCAAGUCUGAUCCUUCCCUUUCUUCUGAAGAUUCUACUGUUAUGGAAGCUAGACUGGUGGAACUGAACGCCAUGCUUAGGAAGGCCGAGGAAAGGCAUGGGAACAUUGAAGAAAGGUUACGGCAGCUGGAGGCACAGCUAGAAGAAAAGAAUCAAGAAUUACAACGAGCUCGACAGAGGGAAAAGAUGAACGAAGAACAUAAUAAACGCUUAUCAGACACCGUAGAUAAACUUCUUUCUGAGUCCAAUGAAAGACUUCAGCUUCAUCUAAAAGAACGGAUGGCAGCAUUAGAGGAAAAGAACGCCCUUAUUCGAGAACUAGAAAAUACAAAGAAACUCAUUGAAGAAACACAACAUGAGAAGGAGCAAGUGUUAGUUGAAAUUGAGACCAUGCGGUCUGAAAAUGAGCAGUGGAGAGUGAAACCUGCACCUUUUGGAGAUUCUCUACAUCAUAGCAGGUCACAUUUAGGUAGCACCCCAGACUUUAGGUUCCCACUAGCAUCUACAACAGUGGUGGACAAUCAUCCAGAACCAUAUGUCAGCGCACCAGUAUUACGUAGGACUCAGAAAGGCCGUUUAGCUGCUUUACGAGAUGAGCCUUCAAAGCAGGUUCAGACACUAAAUGAGCAAGAAUGGGAGCGUGCACAACAGGCCAGUGUCCUGGCUCACGUAGCUCAGGCUUUCGAGAGUGAUGCAGAAGUAUCAGAUGCAGAAGAUGAUCGGGAGACUAUUUUCAGCUCGGCUGAUCUCUUGUCGCCAAGUGGCCAGGCUGAUGCCCAAACGCUUGCCAUGAUGCUUCAGGAACAAUUGGAUGCCAUCAAUAACGAAAUAAGGCUGAUCCAAGAAGAAAAGGAGUCGACACAGCAGCGAGCGGAGGAAAUUGAGAGCCGUGUAGGCAGUGGAAGCCUUGAUGGUCUGAACCUUUGUCGGUUUAGGUCUGCGGGGACCCUCCCUGCCUCAUUCACUACUUCCUCCCACGCCAGUUCCUCACCGCCAGGCAGUGGGCACUCGACCCCUAAACGAGCCCCUCGCAGCCCAGCUCACGAGGUCGAGCGGCUGGGAGCCAUGACUCUUCCUAGUGAUUUAAGGAAACUACGUAGGAAGUCUCCAAUAAUGAAAGAUGAUUUCCGAGAAGAUAAAACCACCAUCAAGUGUGAAACGUCACCGCCCUCCACACCUCGGUCCAUUCGGCUGGACAGAAUUAAUCAAGGUGUUUUGUUUACAAUGAGUCAGGAAGAUAUCCGGGAUAUACGAAGUUCGACUGGGUCACAGGAUGGCCAGGUCAGCAAUCCCAGCAGUAGCAACAGCAGCCAAGAUUCCCUUCACAAAGCCCCCAAGAAGAAGAGUAUAAAAUCUUCCAUUGGGCGUCUGUUUGGUAAGAAAGAAAAAGGUCGGCUCGGACAGACCAUCAGAGAUCCAACGGGACAAGCUGGCACGCCAGACAUGGAAGCCUCGCCUCAGGAUGCCUUAGGACUUAGUAAACUUGGUGGCCAGGCAGAAAAAGAUAGAAAAAUGAAGAAGAAUAAUAAAUCUGGGACGGAGUUGUUGGAGGAAGCACGGAGGCAAGGCUUGCCAUUUGCAUUAUGGGAUGGGCCUACUGUAGUUGUGUGGCUGGAGCUUUGGGUAGGAAUGCCAGCCUGGUACGUGGCAGCCUGCAGGGCCAAUGUUAAAAGUGGUGCUAUCAUGUCAGCCUUGUCAGACACCGAAAUACAGCGCGAGAUUGGCAUCAGCAACCCUCUCCACAGGUUAAAACUCCGUCUCGCGAUCCAAGAGAUGGUGUCGCUAACCAGUCCUUCAGCACCUCCAACGUCUCGAACGUCUACUGGAAAUGUCUGGUUGACACAUGAAGAGAUGGAAAAUCUUGCUGCUACGCCGCAAACGACUUUAGCAUACGGGGACAUGAAUCACGAGUGGAUUGGCAAUGAGUGGCUUCCUAGCUUGGGUUUGCCUCAAUAUCGCAGUUACUUCAUGGAAUGUCUUGUUGAUGCUCGAAUGCUGGACCAUUUGACAAAGAAGGAUCUUCGGGGACAACUCAAAAUGGUCGAUAGUUUUCACAGAAAGAGCCUACAUUGUGGAAUAAUGUCUUUAAAGAGAUUAAACUAUGAUCGACAAGAACUGGAAAGGAAGCGAGAAGAAGCUCAGCACGAUAUCAAAGAUGUUAUGGUGUGGACCAACGAACGAGUAAUUCGCUGGGUGCAGUCAAUUGGGCUUAAAGAAUAUUCAAAUAACCUUUUAGAAAAUGGAAUUCACGGCGGAUUGAUUGCUCUCGACGAACUCUUCGAUCACAAUGCAAUAGCUUUGUUGUUACAGAUACCAACACAGAACACACAGGCUCGACAGUCACUGGAGAGAGAGUUUAACAACCUCUUGGCUCUAGGAACAGACAGGAGGCUAGAUGACGAUGACGAAAAGGGUUUCAGAAGAGCUCCUUCCUGGAGAAAGAAGUUUCGACCAAAGGAUGUGAGGGGUAUGACGCCGGGAUCAGCAGAGACGCUACCUGCUAAUUUUAGAGUUACCUCAACAAUGUCCUCACCCUCCAUGCAGCCAAAGAAGAUGCAGACAGAUGAUGAUUAUGCAGCAUUUGAAAAUCUUGGUGCAGAAGACGAAUGCCACAUGAAUUCCUGGUAAAAGCCGAAGGGUUUAUGAUGCAGCAAUAUUCCUAAUGUGGAACUUAAUAUUUUACUACAAGAGAUUUUAAUUAGUUGAACCACAGCUCAUGAAUACUUUAGAAAUAAUAUUUUAGGAUAAAUGUUUCUUAUAUUUAUGUAAACGUAUUUCAAUGUUUGAUUUGUUUUAGAUCUGGCAUCUAGCUUCAACUGUGUACCCUUGCUAUAAAUCUGUACACAUUUAUAAUUAUGUAAAAUUCUUUCCUACAUCCACUUUCUUCACUCUUGAUUAUUUUUUCAAGAAAAUGUAUCAUAUGUCUGUACGUAUUCAUCCCUAUGAAAAAUCAUAGGGGCUUUUGUAAAUCAUUAUUGUAAUUACUACAAAUAUUCAAUUUUUUUUAUAAACGCGAGGACAAACAUGGGUAUGAAAACAUUUUCCUUCUGGUUCUCCACCGCCCCCCCCCCUCCCCCACCCCACCCCCAAGAGAAGCAACUGCAUGCUGACGGUACCAAAUGUGUUGAUGUUGUGAGAGUCUGAAGACCGUAACAAAAACCUUUUUUUAAUAAAAAAAACUCUGUCCUCAUUUUUAAAACUGUAAAUGCUUGUCCAUUUUUCAGUGUGAUUCAUAAUGAAUAGAUAAAUAUAAGUAAGAAAGCCAUAUAUAUAUAUGAUAACUGAGGAAAAGUAGGACUAAAUCUAAUUAAGACCUACAGUAUAUUCUACCUGCUAUGAAAAUAUUCAUGCCCUCUUCUCCCUCCCCCUUCCCUACUUACUUAAAAUAAGGUUGGUACAACUUUUCGGUAGCACAGUGUCAAUUUGGGGUCAGGAAUCUUGAAUCUGAAAAGCAUAAGAGAAAGGUUACCUUUUAAAAUGAAAGCCUUACUUUUUCCUGAAACGUGGCUCCCCCUUUUUCAUCCCUUUCUCUAAUCUUGAUGAUGUGCAUUUGACUUCAACGUCGACAUUUGUCGAGAGGGUAGGGAAUGUUUGUCUUGACUUCACCCGCGAGAGUGUUCAGUAUUUUUAAAUAAUAAUCAUCAACUUGUCAGCUGCAGUUCUGUUGGUAUCAUGGUGGCUUUUAUA